CUCCUCCUCCUCGAUUCUCUAUAAUCUCUCUCUCUCUUAUAGAGCAAGUUUCUCUCUGUACCUCUCUUUUUUCGGAGUCGUUUUCUUUAUUAAAUCCCAUCUAUGCAUCUUCUCUUUCACACUCUCUUCUUUCUCUUUGCGUUUAUUAGCCCCCCCAUAAAUAACCCACACCCAUUGCGUUCUCUCUCUCUCUUUCUCUCUCUCCAUACCCAUUCACCAGUGAGUCUCUGUAUUUCGCACACAUCUAUUUUCUUCCCCCUUCUUCAGCAUUCAUAAUCGAUAACUAUGGUCGUUCAAGCUCAAUACCCAUCAACUAUACUCCUCUUAAACAGAGGUGUACAAGAGGGAAAAAACCCACUUGGAAACGACUACUCAUUGCAGCCGCUACCAGGAGGAGGAUUUCUCGAUCAAACCACCACCAUGAUAUUCACCAAUGGAGUUGGCUCCAUUAUUUCCAAUCCACGCAAAAGAGGAAGAGAAUCAUCCCCUGUUCCGUUCCCUCAUCAGUUCAUAGACCUCACUCAGCUUCACACGCCGCCACUGAAUACCGUCUCCACCGGUCUCCGAUUAGCGUUCGACGAACAACAACAGCAACAAUUACGACGUCAACAGCUACAACAUCACCAAUCACAGCAACAAACUCUCACUCCUCAAUCUUCUGUCUUAUCAGAAGACUUGGCUGCCCAAAUCAGGCAGCAGAGACAUGAAAUCGAUCAAUUGCUUCACGCCCAGGGCGACCAGCUGCGGCGCACAUUAGCAGAAAAGAGGCAGAGACACUACCGUGCUCUGCUGGGGGCAGCGGAGGAAUCGGCUGCUCGGAGGCUCAGGGAGAAGGAAGCCGAGGUUGAAAAGGCGGCGCGGCGCAACGCCGAGCUGGAGGCUCGGGCAGCUCAGCUGGUCUCGGAGGCGCAGGCGUGGCAGUCGCGCGCGAGGGCGCAGGAGGCAGCGGCGGCGGCUCUCCAGGCUCAGCUGCAGCACGCCAUCAUCGGCGGUGGCGGCGAGGGGAGAGCGGACGGUGGGGAGGAGCUGGGCGAGGCGGAGGACGCGGCGUCGGCGUAUGUCGAGCCGGACCGAGUCGCGGCAGCGAGCGUACCGAGUUGCAAGGCGUGCCAGAAGCGAGUUGCCACGGUGAUCAUGUUGCCGUGUCGGCACCUCUGUCUCUGUACGGAGUGCGGUUCGAUGGCCCAAGCUUGUCCUCUUUGUCUCGCUUUCAGAGAGUCUAGUGUUGAAAUAUUCCUCUCCUAGUAUGGGCCUCGGCCCAAUACAAAACCCAAUCCAGGCUCCAAAGCCCAUGCCAGGCCCAAUACUUUAGAUGGGAAAGUCUAAAAAUUGGAACAAUAUGGAGUAAUGAUCUUUAACAGAAUUAUUAUGUUUUUUUCGGUUUCUUGGUUUUAUUUUAUUUUCUUG